CGCAGGAGCAGGAUGAGCGUGUUUUGUGCAGGGAGAGCAGAGCAGUGCAUUUGAGUGGGACAUGGCAAACGGAGGAGACCAGUUCGGCCUUGCAGAGCGUCCGGACUCUGACUGCAUGGAUUCCCCAAAAGAGACCAAACAGGAACAUCCCAGCUACACAUUAAACUCACCAGUUUCACCGCAGACAGCGUCCAGCCAGCAGGUAUCGGCCUGUACUGCGGAUCAGAAUGGGAUGGAGGGAAUCAAAGUUUUCCUCCACGACAAAGAGCUUUGGACAAAGUUUGAUGAAGUGGGAACAGAAAUGAUCAUCACCAAGGCUGGGAGGAGGAUGUUCCCCAGUUACAAGGUGAAGGUUACAGGACUCAACCCAAAAACCAAGUACAUACUCCUGAUGGACAUUGUGCCCGGAGACGACCACCGCUACAAAUUUGCAGACAACAAAUGGUCGGUAACGGGGAAGGCAGAGCCCGCGAUGCCCGGGAGGCUCUACGUCCAUCCAGACUCUCCCGCCACCGGGGCUCACUGGAGCCGCCAGCUCAUCUCCUUUCAGAAGCUCAAACUUACCAACAACCACCUGGACCCCUUUGGACAUAUAAUACUCAACUCCAUGCACAAAUACCAGCCUCGCCUCCAUAUUGUCAAGGCGGACGAGAACAACGGCUUUGGCUCAAAAAACACAGCUUUCUGCACCCACGUCUUCCCUGAGACGGCCUUCAUUGCUGUGACAUCCUACCAGAACCACAAGAUUACACAGCUGAAGAUAGAGAAUAAUCCUUUUGCUAAGGGCUUCAGAGGCAGCGACGACAAUGAGCUGCACCGCAUGGCCAAGCUACAAGGUAAGGACUACCCUGUGGUCCCUCGCAGUACUGUCCGUCAGAGAGCCUGCUCCACCGGGAGUCCCUUCAGUGGGGAGUGCCGGGGUCUGCAAGGUUCCCCCGAAGCUGUUGGAUCCCCCUACAGCUGUGAGAACGGCUUGAGCAGCGGCAGUCCUCAGGAGCUGCUGAGGGCUCCCCCUGCACACUACCCCCCUCCUCAUCCUCACCUGCAGCACGGCCAACAGCCACAAAUCUACCACUGCACCAAGAGGAAAGUGGAGGAGAACUGCUCUUCAGGAAACCACCAGCACCCGUACAAGAAACCCUUCACCGGUAGCUCUCCAAAUGAGGGCGAGUCUUACUAUCACCACUCCUCCUAUCCUCCCCCUCCACCUGGUCUGUCCGACAUCCCACUCACUGACUCCCCCUACAGCUCAGACAUGGUGCAGCGUCAGGCGUGCAUGUUUGCCAGCUCCGAGCCCAGACUGGAUGAACUCAACUGUACAUCCUGGUCAUACACCUGCCCGCUCCCCUCUGCCAUGACCCCCAUGAAACCCUAUCCACCUUACACCCCUCAUCCUCCCUACAGCUCCAGCCCUCAGGGCUCUCAACUCAGCGCUAUAGCCCACCAGAACUCUCCGCCGCUGGGAGAACACAUCGACUACAACCCCUAUCAGAGCCAGAGCUCUGGACCUCCAUCCCAAAGCUCCCAAAACAUUCAAAGCAGGCAGCUCAGCUCUCCGCUCAGAGAGUAUCCUCGCUACACGCGCAACCUGUCUCCUCCUCUCUACCACACCCUAGAGACGCACACACACAUCAGGUGUGGCGUCCCAGAAUGGAGUGCAGCCUCCUAACUGAACCAGAGGACAUACCCGAAAGAGAGAUUCCUCGUCUCAAAUUCAGUGACCCUUCUUUCUGCACUUCUGAAAGAUGCUGCGCCAUAUACGGACUAAAUAUGAUUUUAACUUUGUAAAAUAAUUGUUAAAAGUGUGAUUUUUAUGCUGUGUGAAGAGGUCUCAUUUGUUCCUCAUGUUGCUCCCCUGUGCUGGAUGGAGCAGUGGAUUGUUAAAAACUGGACUUGGACAUCCAUGAAGCUAAAGAAAAAAAGAGUCUGAGCAGCACAAUCAAAGUUGUACCUUAUCACCUUUCCAUAACCCAAAGACUGGUAUCAUCCAACUGUCUGCACUGUGAGCCCUGUUAAGGCCAGGCCGUGAACAGUACUAGGCUGUUUUCCUCUCAAUGAAUCCCACAUUCUUCAUUGUGAACAAUGUAAAUUGUGACACACUGUCAGAUAUUUACUGACCAAAAUAAUCUCAGCUCUCACAGCAGCCUGAGGGAGACUUUUUUUUUUUUUCUUAAGUGGAG